ACUAAACCGGACUGGACCGGCUCAGAGCGGCUGGGCGCCUUGCGGUCCCUCACGAGGCAGCACCGCAUCCUCCCUCACACCUCGCUGAGCGGAGAGCAGGAGGCAGUGCCGUGGCCCUCGGCGUCGAAGCAGCCGUCGAAGGCACGAGGGAGGAGGCCUGCAGUCACUGGUUGGAGUUUUGUGAUGUGCUGUUUUUAUCUGGACAGGCCCCGAAGUGGCUUAGUGCCUCCCAGUCCUAUUUUAAGUCAGAAGUAACCAUAAGCUGAGCAGCCUCGAAGACUGAGUUGCCUCUCCAAAAAGAUGCUCAACUUGCAGCUGAGGUUAUUAACAAGAGCCUUUGUCCCUGAAGAGCUUACUACACUCCUGUAUGAGGCCAUCUCAUGUAUGGACGUUGAUGCUGGAAGCUGCGAGGUGUGAGUUUACAAAGGUGUGCAGGAGGAGAAGGGAUGAUUGAACAGUUAGAGCAGCUGAAACGUUCCUUGCAGACUCGAGCACACCCCUCCGUUAGCUACAAAUAGCUGGAUGAUACCAGAAGAAAGUGAAAAGCACGAGAAGCUCCGCCUAGAGAGAGAACAGGAGCAGAAGAAGUCCAGUGUGCAGAGGGUUAACCAUGUCGGUGCCGUGGAGGAGCCCAGGAACGAAAUGCUGGCAGUGCCCAUCUCUCCCCCUGCACCAGCACCGCCGCCUCCACCGCCUCCACCCCUAGCAGCUCCCAUCUCCGUCAUUCCCAUUCCGGUGGUCACCAGCCCCCCUCAGCAAGCAGCACAGACCACCUUGUCCCCUCCACUCGUCCAAAGGCACCAGCCCCUCGUAAGCGCUCCCGGUGUCACCAAGGAAGCAUCUUCAGUAGCACCUGUCAUACAGAGACCGUCUGGCCCCCUUCUUUCUGACGCGAAAGCUGCCGCAGCACCCUCGGGGAGCCCGAAGCAGCUGCAGCACUAUGCAGCACCCGUGCUGGCCAUCUCGCAGCACCACGUCGUCCAGCAGCCCAUGCAGCCACAGGGGCACCCACCGCUGCAGCAGCAUCCGGGAGUGCCUCCGCAGCUCAGCGCCCUAAAGCUGGCUCCAGCAGAGGAAGCCAAACCAAACGAGCAGAAGAAGAGACCUGGAGGGGUUGGGACCAGGGAAGUACAUAAUAAAUUGGAGAAGAACAGACGUGCGCAUUUGAAAGAAUGCUUUGAGACAUUAAAGCGCAACAUCCCCAACGUAGAUGACAAGAAGACCUCAAACCUCAGCGUUCUAAGGAGUGCCUUGCGAUACAUCCAGACUUUAAAGAGAAAGGAAAAAGAAUAUGAGCAUGAAAUGGAGCGGCUAGCGAGAGAGAAGAUCGCAACCCAGCAGCGGUUGGCAGAGCUGAAGAACGAGCUGAGCCAGUGGAUGGACAUCUUGGAAAUCGACAGAAUUAUUCGUCAGACAGUUCAGCCAGAGGAUGACCAAGCAUCUACCUCGACAGCAUCAGAGGGUGAAGACAACAUUGAUGAAGACAUGGAAGAUGACAGGCCAGUGAACUCAUUACCAAAACUAACGCAGCGCCAGCACCCAGAGCUGCUGAAAGCCGUCCCUCCAAAUGCUACUUCACAUCACCCAGCAGUUUUGCCUCAGCACCUCUCUAUACAGCAGAAACAACCCCCUGCCCACGCACAGCCUCCCAUCCAGACACAAGCACUGGUCCAGCCGCAGGCGAUUGUGCCAGCACAGACUCAUAUCGUGGCGGCUUCAACAGUGCAAUCGACUGUUAUUGCCCACACCGCCACUACCCACGCUUCGGUCAUUCAGACUGUCAACCACGUGAUUCAGGGUCCACAGACCAAGCACAUUGCUCACAUUGCACCUUCCACGUCCAGCCCUGUGCAACUCACCACUGCUGCUCAGCCCAUCGGCCACAUCACUGUGCACCCAGCCACCAUCAACCACAUGGCUCACCUCGGCCAGCAGCUGCCCAUCUACCCUCAGCCCGUGGCCGUCAGCCAACCCGUCGUGAGCCACAUCGCUCACACUAUUUCUCACCAGCAAGUGAACGGAACCACAAACCUUGGCCAGCCGGCAGUGAUGGCCAAACCUGCUGUAGGAACCCAAGUUGUGCAUCACCCUCAGCUCGUUGGGCAAACGGUGCUGAACCCGGUGACUAUGGUGACCAUGCCCUCCUUCCCCGUGAGCACGCUGAAGCUGGCCUAGGGCGGGCCGCGCUGCCGCCGCUCGCGGGAACCCUUCCUAAACUCCAUACAUUCCAACACGGCCGAUUCCAAGGGGGAGAGGUGCAGAAAACUGAGAAUAGCAGGAACCCGUGUGGGGAAGCCUGGCGGCUGCCCCCACCGCCCAGUCACUGCCCUGCUCGGGCUAAUGGAACGGGGCCUCUCUGCACUUGUUUUGUUAAUCAGAGAAUACUUUAAAGACAGUUGUUCAUGGUGAUUUUUUUUCCUUUUAUGUGUAAUCAGUGAAAUAUGGAUAUGAUGUUCUUAAGACUUUAAUUUUGCCCUUUCAUGUGUUGCUUCUUUGUAGAAUAAAAAUUGUUAAUCUCUUUAUUGAGAUGUUGCGUAGAAUGGAAAAAAAAAUCAUAGAAGUCUAUAUUUAUAUA